CUGGUGUGCUCGUGACGUGACGGGAGGAGCCCCCCUGCGAAGAUGUCGGACACCGCGGAGUCAGCCGGUGCGCUGGGCACCCUCUUCUUCUAUGUGAUGUUCGUGCACCCCGUGUGUGCAUGGAUCCUCGCCCCCAAGAGGUUCCCCAAGGACAGAGCCAUCGUGUACGCCAUCGCGUUCCUGGCGACGAUAGCCAUCGGCAAGAUGGUGAGAGAUGGGCAGAGAUCGCAGACAAACAAAAAGACCAUAGGGUGGUAUAGACCAGUUGCGAAAAUGGCGUUGGAGAACGCGGAGCGGGGGCCGAACUUCUACCAGCUGCUCGGGGUGCGGAGAGGGAGCAGUGCCAUCGAGAUCAAGAGAGCGUACCGACAGCUGUCGCUCGAGCUGCACCCGGACAAGAACCCCUCCCAGGACGCAGCGGACAUGUUCUCCAAGAUACAGGCCGCCCAGGAGGUUUUGAUGGACUCGGAGAAGCGGGAGAUCUACGACAAGCUCGGACCGGAGGCGGCUACGUCAAAGCACCCCUUCAACGAGAACACCAUGCUCAUUGAGAUGGCUAUCUGGUACAUCACGUGGGGAGUUCUGGCUUACGUGAUGACUCUCGGGAAGGCUAACCGCCAGGCGCGGGAUUGGGUCUUCACCGGGCAGAUCGUCAUGCUGGCGGUGGAGGUGGCGAUCGUCACGACUCCGGGUGGCGACGGGGUGUUGCCGUCCUGGCUUUUCCCUCACAUGGCGGAGUACGAGGUGGUUUGGAUCUUGCAUUCCAUCUUCCCCGCCUACAUGAACGGCUGUCGAUCACUGGGAAACCACCUGUUCGUGGACGUUGACCAGCAGACGAGAGACAUGCUCCUGGCUCUUAGGGCGGGGCACCAGCCCGUGGUCACGAAAGUGCUAGAGCCAUAUGAGGAUCUAAAGAAUACGCACGCAUGUAACGAGAAAAAGGUAUCCAAGAGCCCGAAGAGGUACACCUAAAAAUCCCUGCAGCACCGUAUGCGUGCCCAAAAACUGAACUGCACGUCCGUCCCACCGUUCGACUACAGUAGCAUCACCCCCUCCCUGUCCCACUCUAUACCAAAACGGAAGAUUGCC